AUGGCAUCUCCGCUCAAAGUCUGCAUAGUAGGAUCCGGAAACUGGGGUUCAGCCAUUGCUAGGAUCAUUGGAAACAAUGCCAAGUCUUUGCAGUGUUUCGCAACCACAGUGAAGAUGUGGGUGUUUGAAGAAAAUGUUAAUGGUCGAAAACUCACUGACAUAAUCAACACCGAACAUGAAAAUGUCAGGUACCUGCCUGGAUAUAAAUUACCCGAUAAUGUGGUGGCAGUUCCUCAGCUACGUGACGCUGCAGAGGGAGCAGACCUUCUGGUGUUUGUGGUGCCCCACCAGUUCAUCAGGAAACUCUGUGACGAGAUGUCGGGCUGUGUUACAAACAAAGCUCGGGGAAUCACACUAAUUAAGGGGAUAGAUGAAGGUCCUGAGGGCCUCAAGCUGAUCUCUGACAUCAUUCGAGAGAAGAUGGGCAUUGAUGUUAGCGUUCUUAUGGGUGCAAACAUUGCCAAUGAAGUGGCAGCUGAGAAGUUCUGUGAAACCACCAUUGGCAGUAAAGUUCUGGAGAAUGGCCUACUAUUCAAGGAGCUCUUACAGACUCCAAACUUUCGGAUCACAGUGGUGGAUGAUGCAGAUACUGUGGAGCUGUGUGGAGCUCUGAAGAACAUUGUGGCAGUAGGUGCAGGUUUCUGCGACGGGCUGCGUUGUGGUGACAACACAAAGGCGGCUGUGAUUCGUCUGGGCCUGAUGGAAAUGAUAGCCUUUGCCAAACUCUUCUCGAAGGAUGACAAUGUUUCCACAGCAACCUUCUUGGAGAGCUGCGGUGUAGCUGACCUUAUCACGACCUGCUACGGCGGCCGAAAUCGACGUGUAGCGGAGGCCUUUGCCACCACAGGGAAGAGCAUUGAGGAGCUGGAGAAAGAGAUGUUGAAUGGUCAGAAGCUUCAGGGUCCUGCUACCUCAGCUGAGGUUUACCGCAUACUCAAGCAGAAGAACCUGGUGGACAAGUUUCCUCUUUUCUCAGCUGUCUAUCACAUUUGCUUUGAGGGAAAGCCAGUCCAGGAUAUGAUUUCUUGUCUGCAGAGCCACCCAGAGCACAUGUGA